AUGUGGCACCUGGCUCGACGCUGCGGUGCGGCUCCAAAGUAUGGACGAGCAGUGGCCACUCAGAUGCCCAGCAAGCUCUUGCGCGGCCGACCUCCCGUGCUCCUUGGAAGGAGAGAGAGGCGAGAUCGCGACGUACCCCAGGAAAGCCCAAAGAAGGCUUUCUUGCCGGCCAGCACUGGCGGGAUUGCCGACUUCAGGAAACUGUGUGAAUCAGCUCUCCAAUCAAGGGAAACCAGCACCUCAAAUGCGCUUGCGCUUCUUCGACAGGCUGGUAGAAAGGCAAGAACACCUGCAGAGGCUGCACUUGUGCUCAACCAUAUUGUCGACAUGUCACGGGAUGAGCACUUCAUCCGGUUCCUGGUCGACAAGCUCGUUUCCCAACACCUGGCAGGCCAAAGCAAGCACGUUUGUUUGGCAGCAAAUGCCCUUGCACGUGUCGAACUUUGGAUGCCAGCCUUUGGCACCUUGGUAGAUCGAGUUUUUGCAGGCACGCAUGCAGAGAUAUCGUUGGAGCAGCUCAGCCCGAUUGAUGUUGCGCAGAUCUGCCGCUUCACUGCUGUCUUUCGCCGGCGCUUGGAGAGCACGGGCCUGCCAGCGAAGCGUGUCCUGGAGGCUGUUCAUCUUCGGCUGCAGCGUCUCGAGGAGUCUGGGAAGGAAUUGGAAGCUACAGGAUUCAUCUCCUUGUUGAGGUCAGUCACUCAGAUGUCGGAUAUGGAUGUGGCGGAUGCGGGCACAAGGUCUCUGGCAAUGUGGCUCCGAACCAGGCUAGUCAAGGAGCUGCCGCUGUGCUCCCCGCGCCAACUUGCAAGCGCACUCCUGGAUCUCGGAGCACUCAAGCAACUGGAUGACAACACUCUGCUACAGCUGCAAAGAGAGGUGACCCGAAAUUGGAGGGCGAACACCAUGCGACCUCGUGAUUUGGCAUCCAUCAUCUCCGGAUACUCCAAGCUCGAGGGUGUGAGUGCUCGUCAAUGCGCGAUCGAGCCGCUGCUGCCCCAGAUGCUCGAAAUGAUCGGCAGCUGCUCCCAGGCGAGCCUUUGCGAGCUCCUGCACGGAUUAGCCGCUGCCAACAUCUACGACCGCCUGCUCCUAGACGAGUGGUCUUCGAACUUCGAGAUGAAGGUGCUGGGGAGUCUCGGUUCCUCGGAGGCCGCCCCGUACACUCUCAGCCCGGCCCAGCUGUCGCUUGUCGUGGCGGACCUGGCCAAGUUGCGCUACGUGAAGAAGGAUGAUCGAAAUACCUUCUCAACUCUGCUGGGGCAUGUCAUGGAUGUCGCUCCUUCUCUUGGUGGGCUUUCAGUUUGUCACAUUGUGUGUGCUUUGGCACGGGUCUCUCCUGCCCGAACCAACGUCUCGGCGAUCUUGGUGGACACUUCGCCUGCAGGGAGCGCCGAGUUCCGGUCCUCUCUUCUGAACAGGCUUGAGGCGCAGCUCCUCGUGAAGGUGGAAGAGCUUCUGCCGCAGGGGCUGAGUGCCAGUGCCGCUGCCUUCGUCAAGCUGCGACACUUCAGCGAAGAUCUCCUGAGCGGCCUCACAAAGGCUGCUGUGCCACGUCUUGGGAGCUUUUCCGCAGAGGACUUCUCCAUGUUCUCGUCUGCCCUUGGGACUGCACAGGAUGCUUUGGCACAAAGCUGGAGUGAGGACCACUUGGUUCAGCUCGGUGAACAUGCAGCUCAGUCGCUCCAGCAGGCAUCUACCCCGUGGACACCCAGGCAAGUUUCACAGGUGUUGCAACCUUUUGCGGCCCAAACGCGUCCUCCACAAGGCUUGAUCCAGGCUGCUGUAGCGCAUCUGAGGAGAUCAUCCUCAAACUACUCCCCGAGAGAUCUCGCGAAGUUUUUGAACCGCCUUCAGGGUUGCGGAGUUCUGCACCGCAACGUGGCCAUGGCAGCAGAGAUUUUGCAGUCAUCCGAAAGGCGAUUACGACAUCGAGGCCCCGAGAUUGUGGCCGUUGCCAACUCCUUGGCCCAGCUUCGCCAGGUGAUCCCUGUGUCGCAGUUGAGGUAUCGUUUUCGGAAAUUGAGCAUCAGUGUGCAGUUGGCGCUGGCCAGAAGCUUGCUGUCACUCCGAGACCAGUCGCUGGCGACUGAAGUGAUGCCUGGUUUGGGUACUGCCAUCGUCAGUGCCUUCACAGCUCAUGGCCUCCCACCUCCGGAUGCUGGCCAUGAUUCAGGUGACCCUUGGGGUGGCCUGACUGCCGAGAAGCUCUUGUCCACAAUGCAUCCCAAGAUGCAAAAGCUAUUGAAAGCCAUGCCAGACGUUCGUCGAGAUUACGUGCGCGAGCUGGACACAGCACUCGUCGAGAGCAGAGGCGCGGCCAAUCCUGAUGACAUCAAGAUGCUGCGGGAGCAGAUCGAAGGUGCCAUCAAGGAGAUGAAUUCUGAGAUUGGGAAGAAUCCAAAGGCAUUGGAUGACCUCAUGAAAGAAACAGCAUCCAAGAUGGCCGUGUGUCCUGUAAUGGUCGCUCCACCUCCCGUUCCAACAAGGAGUGACUGUCGGCUGGAUCGUCGGAAGUUUCUGUGA